UAUUAAUAUUCUUUAUAUAUAUACACUUAAUCUAACAGUCAAAGUCUGUAAAGCCAAAAUCUCUACCGCCAUAAUCCUAAAACGAAAACCUAAAGCGAAAGUCGUUACCAAUUGGAACCUAUAUUUUUUAGUUUAAAUUUUUGCAUAUUAUACUUUUCCUAAUUUUAUGGUUAGAACAUUUGUUGGCCAACCAACAAUUAUCGUCAUUUGGAUUCAGUUCACAGUGGAAGAGACAAUUUACAACGUUUGAGUUUUUGGUUAUUGAUGUAAAAUCACUUUUUUUUUACGAAAAAAAUAAAACAUUCGUCGGCCAUUACUCGAGUCUCGAUAUAUAAAUGGAGAUCAGACUAAUCGACGCUUGUAAAUAUAUGGGCCUAUCUUAACAUACCAAAAAGCCUAAAUUAGACAAAGCCCAUAGUCUCGAAUCAAGCCCACGAGAUGCCUCUGAAGGGGGAUAAGAGGUUUUAGUUUUGUCCUCUUGUUAAUCUGUAAUGUAUUGUCAGCCAUGUUUGCACAGUUAUCUCCAUCGCCGUCUCCUUCUCCGGCGAACUUAACUUACUUCGUUCACCGUCGUACCUUCCGAAACUCCACACUCGCAGUCUCCGCUUCUCCUCCCACCGCCAACUCCUCCCGUCCACCAAUUCAGAUUAUUGGAGGAAAGGAUUCGACUUUGGAUGUUACAAGGAAGAAUGAUUCAAAGGGUUUCACGUUAGAGGCAAAUGAAGAGGAAAUUGAUUGGAUGAAUCUUGAAUCUGAUAUUCGACUAUGGACUAGAGCGUUACGUCCUGUUCAGUGGUAUCCAGGACACAUAAUGAAAACUGAAAAGGAACUUAGGGAACAGCUUAAGCUAAUGGAUGUUGUGAUUGAAGUCAGAGAUGCAAGAAUACCCUUAUCCACAACUCAUCCAAAGAUGGAUGCGUGGCUUGGGAAUAGGAAACGGAUAUUGGUGUUGAACAGAGAAGAUAUGAUCUCUACUGAGGAUCGAAAUGAUUGGGCUAGAUACUUUGCAAAGCAAGGGAUAAAGGUCAUUUUCACUAAUGGCAAACUUGGGAUGGGAGCUAUGAAGCUAGGUCGGUUAGCAAAAAGCUUAGCAGGUGAUGUAAAUGGGAAGCGGCGAGAGAAGGGUCUUCUCCCUAGGCCAGUAAGAGCUGGAAUCAUUGGAUACCCAAAUGUUGGAAAGUCAUCUUUGAUCAAUCGUCUAUUAAAGCGCAAAAUCUGCGCAGCAGCACCAAGACCAGGUGUAACUAGAGAGAUGAAAUGGGUGAAGCUUGGGGAUGGUCUCGAUCUGUUAGAUUCACCAGGAAUGCUUCCUAUGCGUAUUGAUGAUCAAGCAGCUGCUAUAAAGCUUGCUAUUUGCGAUGACAUUGGAGAGAAAGCUUACGACUUCAUUGAUGUUGCUGGAAUCCUUGUGCAGAUGCUAGCACGGAUUCCUGAAGUAGGCUCAAGGGCGCUUUACAACCGGUACAAGAUUCAGCUGGAGGGAGGCUGCGGUAAAAAAUUUGUGAAGACGCUUGGUCUUGAUUUGUUUGGUGGGGAUAGUCAUCAGGCUGCAUUUAGAAUACUGUCGGAUUUUCGCAAGGGCAAAUUUGGGUAUAUCUCGUUGGAGAGACCUCCACUGUGAACAAGACUGUGUAUAGCGUUUAAUGCUCAGAAUUAUGAACUAAAAAAGCCUAAAUGUGAUGUAUUUUAUAUUCCUAGAUAUAAAAGAAAUAUUCUGGGCUACUGAAUGUGAAUGGUUAUAACAACACCAGUCGCUAACUUAACGUGUUAAAAAGUCUAAUAUGAGCAUAUUUGUUU